GAAUAAUGUUAAAUGGGUAUGCUGAUCACCCCCAUUCCAAUGCAGGGAGAGCCAUCUGUACUGACUUUCCGUUGGCACUGGAGACCCAUUGUCCAUUCUGCCAAUGGCCAGGACCUAAUAAGUGGAAUUGUUUAGUCGGCUGGCUGAAACCUUUUCUUUCAUGCAGAGUUAGCUCUUACCGUAGGGCUGCUGUCCAUAGCCUUGUCCGUUGUAACCACCUUGGGGAUUACCAUAGGGGCUACCCUGAGCGAAACCUCGACCAUUUUCAGGAAGAUAGUCCUUGGCACAGUCGCGUUGACAGUCAGCGUCUCCAGACUUUUCAAACUGGCACUUUUGGAAACACUCUUGAGCCUUUACAGCUAAUGUGUUGUUUAAAAGGAAUCAGAGAUUUGAAACAAGUACAUGUCAGCGAAUUAAAAGUUAGAAAAUGCACUUACAACAGCGCUGUUGGCAAGAAAAGUCAUCAUCGCUACAGUCGCAUUUGGCAGCGACAGAUGCAACAAGAGCGGCAAUGGCAAGGAUGGAUGCGAGUUUGAAUUGCAUGUUGUAGAUUGGAAGUUGAGUUGUUGGGUUGAUGAGAUUUUCCAUUUUCCAAACGUUCAACUUUUAUACAUUUUUCGCGAUCGCUUUGAAGGCAAGGAAAAGGAGGAAAUGCUCUCGGUUAGCUAUCAUGGGAUUCAGGAGAGAUUACGAACUACCUCAUUGUCGAUAUGAGAAUUCUCUGGAAUACCUAACAGUACAAAGUUUUGUGUGUACAUCCUAGAUCAAAAUGACGCACGAAU